AAAUAAGAAUCUACUCAAAGAUGAGUGUUCCUCUUUUGCGGCACGCUGUACCUCGUUCCGAGCAGCAAUGCCGUGCGGCGAUAUUCGUUGGCAAGAGGCGCCGUCCGCGAACCACGACAGCGCGACUUUGCGUAAACGGAUCGCAUCAACACCGUACUUUUUCAGCAGAAAGUGCGGCUCCGUUUCUAGUCCGUCACGCACAGAUGCAGAGGACGAACCGCUCGAUGGCUGGCGGAUAUGUAGCGCUGAAGGAACCAGCAGCUUCUUCUGCAGAGGCUAACGUGCGUAUUGCGUUGGGUCACGACAUCGGAGUCAAGACAGAGCCAGUGUCAGAGA